AUGUCAUUAGUAAGUGACUCCCCGAACCUCUUCCAUGCAAUAUUGCCCGUGACACGUUUCAUAGACACAUUGGCCCUCAACCUCUGUGUGCCAGGGGGAGGGGCUCGAGGCGGGAAGGGAGCCAAGGGCGCAGGAGGAGGUGUCGGUCGCUAUGGUUACCGCGGCAUCUCCAACUCGGGGGGCUAUGAGAUGACAUGGGAAGAUAUCGUGUUGGCGAUGCAGUUGUCAGCUAUGUGUUUCGGGGCGCUGCUAGCGCUGUGCAUCGUGGCCUGCUGUGCAUACAAGAUCUGCGGGCCAGCUCAGGAGGAAGACUGGGGGUCGCGGUACUCAGUCUUGAAGCCCGCGCCGCGUCUCCCGCCGGAGCUCCUGCGGGAGAUCUACACGCUGCCCACGCCCACCGCCCUCUCGCAGGCCUCCUCCGCCGCCGCGAACCCCUCCACUGCCACCGGCGCGGACGCCACCGGGACUCCGAGCCACCGUGGUGCCAGCGGAGGCAAGGCCUCGGGCGUGACGUGUGCCAAGAUGGAGGGCGGGCCGCGGGUCACUUCGGUGAGUGCCGAGCCUGUACCCAACAGCACCAGGGGCACAGCCACUAGUCUAGCUCACCUGCCCAACGGUCGACCCAGGGGACCCCCUCUCGGCGGGGACACCACCCCGGCCACUCCCCGUAGGCCCGCGUCGUCCCAUUCCUCGCGAGGGCCCGUCGCCAAGCCCCCCCGACUUCUAAACUUAGGAGCCAUGCUCGAAGGGCGGCCGCGGCUCCUGACCCUGUCGGCGGUGUCGUCGGCCCGGGCAGCACGUGCGGCGGCAGGUCGAGGCGCGGCCAACAGACUGGCGGCCCACAAUCAACACAGUUCCACCCUUGACCUGGCCCGCGCUGCUGCCACCACCUCCACCCCCAGUCUGUCCCACAGGUCCCUCUCCGAGCCCCAUACUGCGGUGGUCUAGCCGUGUGCCCGGGGUUCUGGGCUGUACGGAGUGGCUGUGUGACCCCACCGUGUGGCCCCUGACCCCUUCAGGCUGUGUACCCCCACCCCCUACCACCCACGCUAACUCAUGUGCACCUUGGAGCCCACACUUCAUGUUCAGGAACAGCAAGCAAGUGGAAUUUCACAAUAUAAAAUAUGCCCCGGUUGCAACGAUAUUGCUAAGGCAGAAAGUAAGACAUCUUUUGAUGACCUUAUAUUUUAAAGGAUUUUAUAUAUAUACACACAUUUUCCUAAUUCUCACUUUUUCAUAUAAUUUUGCAACUAGAAACAAAUUUGUUUUGUGCCAUGAAUGAGAACCAGUUCUGUUUUAAGAAACGCUACGUAUGCAAAUAUCAGAAAAUCUAAAGAACGUUUUCGAUUUAUUGUUUACACUGACAUUUGCGUGGCAUAUGUAGUGCAUAUACAGACUACUGAAAAUUGAAUUCCACUUUACAAGUAACUUUCACUUAUAUUAGUAAACAACUAGUAUACCCAGGGUUACAACCAAACUUUUUGAGAAUACUCAAAAAAAAGAGAAAGACAAAUACAUUAUGAGAAUUAAGUAGCAUUACACUCUUUUAAAAAACUCUGCCAAACAUUGAAAAUACGAUGACUGAAAAAGGGGCGAAAUAAACACAUAAAAGGAUUUACACUUCAACUUAAGAAGGUGUGCCAGGGGGAGGGGCUGGAGGAAACGACGAUUACCGUUGAUACCGAGGACUCCCUAUUCCGGCAGACUAUGACUAUGAGAUAACAUGGGAAGAUAUCGUGAUAGGCAUGCAGAUCUUGGUCGUCCACGUUGGUGCAUUGUCGGCUCUCUUCAUCGUGGCCUACUCUGCCUACAAAUUUUAUCGCGCGGACGAAAGUAAGACCUUAGCGCGACUCCAGUUCUCAGCCCUCCUGUUCGACCCCAACAUCUCGAGGGACAGCGUCGCCCCGUGUGCACCUUGCCUUCGCCGGCACCUCCUCAGACACCACUGGUCUGACCUUAGCACCGAGCUACCACGCCGCGGCCGAAGAGAAGAUUAUGCGUGACGCGUAUAAGUGGAGAGCGGAGUGCAAGGCCUUUUGAUGGGCACUUGGCAUGGGAAGUCUCGGCUGAUUUUAUUGGUCCUGCCUUCCUGACUGGAGAAACUUAUUAGUGCAACUGCCUUACAAGAGAAGCCUUCCAAAGGGGAGGUAACUCCUGGUAAGAACAACGCCCGUCAGAUUCAGCCUCCUGCAAGAAACGCACCGCUCUUUUAUCUCAAGUACCGGGAGAGACAUUCAUUGCGGGUGCCUGUUGAUAAGUCUUUCUAAAUAACUGUUUCAUUGGCUUGGGUAACCAGUGUAGAUGAACAAGUAAAGAGGUCCAUGGCCUCUAUGCACCGAUUGUGUGAUUUUUCUCUUUCCUCCCGUGGCUCCGCCCUCAGUCGAUUCACACACCCUUCCCGACGUAACCUAUGCGCACCUUAGAGCCGACACCUCAUGUACAGUAAAACUCUAAAUGCUCAAUCUAAGGUGCUUCAUGGUUACCUCUGUUCCAGAGAAAGCAGUUCCAGGUUUUGUUUGCUCUCACUGCAGUAUUACUGAAUCGAUAUGAUAAAACAUUUUGAUGUAAACAUCUUUGGUAAAUUUACCUCUGUGUUUUAUGAAUCUCCAUAUGCAUUUUGUGGUUAAUUAUAACCUAGUGAAUAUCA